AUGGUUGUCGAGCGAAAGCGGGAAACGAUUUGCGGCGAUAUGGGGAAGUGUAUCAGAGCUCUCUCUUGCAGCGGAGCUCACACUCUUUUCCUCACCGAAACGAGGAGAGUCUUUGCAACAGGUCUUAAUGAUUUUUGCCAACUUGGUGUCUCGGAUGUUAACAUUCAUGCUUUGGAGCCGCUUGAAGUUUCUGGGAUUGAAAAGGAUAUACUGCACAUCUCAGCUGGUUAUAACCACUCUGCUGCUGUUACAGUGGAUGGGGAACUUUAUAUGUGGGGGAAGAAUACGAGUGGACAGCUUGGACUUGGGAAAAAGGCUGCAAGAGUGGUACAUGUGCCAACCAAAGUGCAGGCUCUGAAAGGGAUCACUAUCAGAUCAGUGGCUUUGGGUUCUGAGCAUUCAGUUGCUGUUACUGAUGGAGGUGAAGUUCUGAGUUGGGGAGGAGGAGGAUCUGGGAGACUUGGCCACGGUCACAAGUCCAGUCUAUUGAAAAGUUGA